CUGGUACCAUGUGACCUGCUGUGACCAAUCACAGCAGGUCACAUGACAGUUGUAUACAAUGGAUGGCUUCAUUCAUGAUGCCAUCCAUUGUAUACUAGUGCCUAGCUGUGAAUGGUCACAGCUAAUCACAUGCACAUGUCAUAUGGUCCUGGUACGAGGACCUGUACAGCGAUCAGUGUUCUGGACACAGCGGGCACCGGAUCGCGGUGCCGCGCGCUCCAAGGGAGCGCGCACAGUUGAAAAUGAUGGGCGCUGUUUAUGAAUGGCAACCCACCCCUGCACUGCCACC